AUGGUAACAAAUAUUGGUUCUUACACUGUUAUCCCAAAUCAGCCAACUCCAAAGGGUCGUUUAUGGCUGUCUGAUAGUGAUCUUGCCGAGCAUAGUCCAGCAUAUACUCCCUCUAUCUACGUUUACAAACCAAAACACAAUCACCACGAUGUCAUCGAGAGGAUGAGAACCUCUCUCAGUGAUAUUUUAGUGUAUUACUAUCCAGUUGCUGGCAGAUUGUGCUGGAUUGAUGAAUGUGGUAGAAUGGAAGUGGAUUGUAAUGCAAAGGGAGUUACAUUGCUUGAAGCUGAAACCACUAAAACAUUGAAUGAAUAUGGAGAUUUUUCACCUACUCAGCCCAUCAAGGACCUUAUUCCAACCAUUGAUUAUACUCAACCUAUUGAGGAGCUUCCCCUGUUUCUAGUGCAACUCACAAGAUUCCAUGGUGACCAAAGCCUUGCCAUUGGUGUUGCUAUCUCUCAUCUUUUGUGUGAUGGGAUUGGUGCUAUUCAAUUCAUAAACUCAUGGGCAAAGCUGGCUCGAGGAGAUACAUUAGCACCACAUGAAAUGCCAAUUCUAGAUCGAACAAUACUCAAAUUCCCACUCUCACCAUUAGCACCACGCUUUGAUCACCCUGAGUUGAAGCCUCCCCCAUUCAUACUAGGAACCUUUGAUUGCAUUACUGAGCAAAAGACAACAGCUGCAUCAUUGAAACUGACAUCAGAGGAAGUUGAGAAGCUGAAGAAGAAGGCCAAUGAUCAAUCCCAGAAAGAUGGGUCAAGACCAUAUACCAGAUAUGAAGCUAUUGCUGCACAUAUAUGGAGAUGUGCAUCUAAGGCUCGUGAACUUGAUGACAAUCAACCAACUUUGGCUCGAAUCAUUGCUGAUAUUCGCAGUAGACUAAAUCCACCUCUGCCUCAUAAUUACUUCGGGAAUGCUCUGGCUCGAACAGUGACACCAACAUGUUAUAUAGGAGAAAUCAUAUCAAACCCAUUGAGUUAUGCUGCUAAGAAGAUAAGGGAAGCACUUGACUUGCUUACAAAUGAAUACGUAAGGUCACAGCAAGAUGUUAUUUUCGGUCAGGAGCAACUCGAUUCCUUAAGGGGUUUCUUCUUCCGACAAGGAGUACGUCGGACUGCCCCAUAUUAUGGGAAUCCUAACAUUUUCAUCGUAAGUUGGAUGAGCAUGUCCGUGUACGAAGCAGAUUUUGGGUGGGGAAAGCCUGUGUAUUUUGGUGAAGGAUUUGUGUCUCCAUAUGAUACGGCAAGGAUUGUUCAAAGCCCAGAGGGGGAUGGAUCUGUUAUUGUGUCUAUGCACUUCCAGAUAGAACAUAUACAACUUUUCAAGAAAUUCUUCUACGAGGAUAUAUGAGAUCGGAGCUCGGGGAGGAUACUUAGCGUCGUAUCUGAGUUCAACGACCUUUAUCAGUUUUCCACUUUACUCCUGUUGUGGAUUCUCCGCUUACUAUCCAUGCUUAGUUGGGUCAUCCGAGUCUUGCUAAACUCCAGAAGAUGGUCCCACAUUUCUCUACUUAUCUAGUUUAUCUUGUGAGUCAUGUCAGUUAGGGAAGCACACUCAUAGUUCGUUUCCUGAUCGUG